AUGCAGGCACUGUGCCUGCUUUGCUGGGUUGUUCUCCUGAACCUGGUUCAAGCUUGUCCAGAGGCCUGUGACUGUGGGGAGAAGUAUGGCUUCCAGAUCGCAGACUGUGCCUAUCGUGACCUAGACGGUGUGCCACCGGGCUUCCCAGCCAAUGUGACCACGCUGAGCCUGUCGGCCAACAGGCUGCCAGUCUUGCUGGAGGGAUCCUUCCGAGAAGUACCCCUAUUGCAGUCGCUGUGGCUGGCACACAAUGAGAUCCGCUCCGUGGCUGUUGGUGCUCUGGCCCCUCUGGGCCACCUCAAGAGUCUGGACCUCAGCCACAACCUCAUCUCUGAGUUUGCCUGGAGCGAUCUGCACAACCUCAGUGCUCUGCAGCUGCUCAAGAUGGACAGCAAUGAGUUAGCAUUCAUCCCCCGGGAUGCCUUCCGCAGCCUCCAUGCCCUGCGUUCUCUGCAGCUCAAUCACAACCACCUGCACGCGUUAGCGGAGGGCACCUUCGCGCCGCUCACCUCGCUGUCCCACUUGCAGAUCAAUCACAACCCUUUCGACUGCACCUGUGGCAUCGUGUGGUUCAAGACGUGGGCCUUGGCCACAGCCGUGUCUAUUCCAGAACAGGACAACAUUGCCUGUACGUCACCCCAUGUGCUGAAGGGUACCCCACUAAGCCGCCUGCCACCCCUGCCCUGCUCAGCACCCUCAGUGCAACUAAGCUACCAGCCCAGCCAAGAUGGAGCAGAGUUACGGCCUGGCUUCGUGCUGGCACUCCACUGUGACGUGGAUGGACAGCCAGUCCCCCAGCUUCACUGGCAUAUUCACACCCCAGGAGGCACGGUGGAGAUCGCCAGUCCUAAUGUAGGCACUGAUGGACGUCCCCUGCCUGGCGCCCUUGCAGCCAGUGGGCAGCCACGCUUCCAGGCCUUUGCCAAUGGCAGCCUGCUUAUCCCUGACUUUGGCAAACUGGAGGAGGGCACCUAUAGCUGCCUGGCCACCAAUGAGCUAGGCAGUGCUGAAAGCUCUGUAAAUGUGGCGUUGGCCACUCCAGGUGAGGGGGGAGAGGAUGCAGUGGGGCGCAAGUUCCAUGGCAAAACAGUGGAGGGCAAGGGCUGCUAUACGGUUGACAAUGAGGUACAGCCGUCUGGACCAGAAGAUAAUGUGGUUAUCAUUUACCUCAGCCGUGCUGGGCCCCCAGAGGCUGCAGUAACAGCCGAAGGAAGGCCUGUGCAGCAGCUCUCAGGUGUACUCCUGCUAGGCCAAAGCUUGCUUGUUCUCUUCCUUUCCUGCUUCUAACUACGCCCUGCCCCUCCCCAGGGCCUUCCUAACCCCUCCACGACCACAUUCCUGCCCAUGUUCCUUCUUAGUACCACGAGGUCUGGAAUCGGUGAGGCCUGAGGUUAAGCCUGGGAACUUCACAUUUUCCUACCACCUUUUCUAAGCUCUUCCAGGCCCCUCAUUACUCCAACUUGCAGAUCUGCUCAGAAUUAGCAACUAGGAUAGAACUAUAUCCCCAAACUCAUUGUCUCUAGUGCUAAUUGCUGCUAACAGCACUGCCUGUGUUCCUAGCAGGGGCAGCAUGCUAACAGGGUAACAAGGAUGCCCUAACCUGACCCGCUUUGAGAGUUCUAGAUCACAGAGAUAAGGAGUUUGUAGGUAGGCACUGGGGCUGGGCUAGAAGGGGGUCUGGAGUAGCCAGUGUAGGAUCUGGAAAGGAGGUACCAGAGGCAAGGGAAGAGAAGGCUAAAAGCCCUCCCUGUCCUCAUGAUGUCCUCUGAUGAGAUGUGGAAAUCAUCCCUGACUGGGCCUUUCUCUCUUCUCACUCCAAGUCCCCAAGUCCCACAGCUUGUGUCUGCCUCCUGAGACACUUGUUCCUACCGUCCUUCCGAGUAUGCACCCGUAGCCCGCCCCUCCAAAGAGGCUAGCCAGUCUGGGUAGCAGAAAAAAUAAACAGUAUUUCUGAUGCCCUG